AGAGCGAAGAGAAAACACUCUCUCUGUCUGUCUCUCUCUCUCUCUCUCACAUUCCAGCAAAGAGCAACAGUAUACAAAACCUAAAAUCUCUUGCUUGGGCACAUCCCGCGAGUUCCGGCGUCGGCACCGGCUGACCUCAGAGCUUCUUCGCCACUCCGGCAAACCUCCAAGCUCACUUCGUCGUCUGCACCGGCCACCCUACGCAUUUUUCAGGUUAUUGUGAAGAGAUGCAUGCAUUCCAGGCCGAACUCUAUCCAGUUCCAAAAAUGGAGGCCCUACAGUUGUCCAUACUCUUUUCCAUUGAUCAUUUGGUGUCUUACUUGCGACCACAAAUGAAGUGACUGUAGUAGAAAUGAGGAAAUUUCUGUAAAGUCAAAAAAAUAAAUGGUUGUAGCAUUGCUAUUGCCAAAUAGGCCAUCGUUUCCUCGAUCUACAUGCCAAUAUAUUCUCCACUGAAUUUGGCCAAAUUAGGCCUUGCUACCCUGUCGCAUUCUGGACGUGAUGCCUUGGCUUCCAUGUACUGCCUCCAGCGAUUUAGCUUUCUGCCACCCCCCUUUCUCCACGGGCUUGUGAUGCACUGCCCUUUUGUUUCAGGCCCAGAUUUCGAAUCCCUAAUUUCAUCCCUCAUCUCCAAUCACAAAUGGUCUCAACUCAAAUCCAUUACUGAAUCUUCCAAUCCCACCGAUUUUCUUCACCAGCUCUUCCACUUCAAGCACUUCAACUCUGACCUUAUUCUAUCCUACUUCAAAUGGUCGCAACAUGCUUUCCAGGUGACGCACUCCAUUGAAAGCUAUGUCAAACUCUUUAUUUUACUAGCGAAUGUCAGAAAAUACCCCAAGAUUCGAUCUCUAUUGCAUGUAUUUGUGAAACAAGGAGAAUCCAUCUCCGUUUCGACGUUUUGUCACGCCCUUUUGACACUUAGUGACAAUUCAUGUGCUUGCAAUGUUGUUUUUGAUAUGUUAAUAUCGGCUUGUGUGGACACUGGGAAGCCUGAGUUAGCAUUGGAGUGUUUUAGGCGGGCUGGAGAUUAUGGGUUUAAGUUGUCGGUGGUUUCUUGUAACUCAUUGUUGAGUGCUUUGGUGAAGGAGGGUAGAAUAGGAAAUGUGGAGUUUGUGUAUAAGGAGAUGAUUAGGAGGAAGGUUGAGUUUAACUUGAUCACGUUUAAUACGGUGAUUAAUGGGUUGUGUAAGGCGGGGAGGUUGAACAAGGCGGGUGACAUAGUGGAGGAUAUGAAGGUUUACGGGAUAAUGCCAAGUGUUGUAACUUAUAAUGCUUUGAUUGAUGGGUACUGUAAGAGGGGUGGGCCCAGCAGAAUGUAUAAAGCUGAUGCACUGUUGAAGGAGAUGGUGAAGAGUGGGGUCUUCCCAAAUGUAAUCACAUAUAACAUUCUAAUUGAUGGUUUUUGCAAGGAUGGUAAUGUCGCUGCAAGUAUUAGGCUGUUCGAGGAAAUGAAAGUGCAUGGUCUCAGACCCGGUGUGAUCACAUAUAAUACAUUGAUCAAUGGAUUAUGUUCUGACGGAAAAAUUGAUGAAGCAAUGAGGUUGAGGGAUGAAAUGUUGGAAAUGGGUUUGGAGCCAAAUAUUGUUACUUAUAAUGCAUUUAUCAAUGGGUUUUCGAAGAAGAAAAUGCUGAAGGAAGCUAAGGAACUGUUUGAUGAUAUUGUGAAGAAAGGGAUUGCUGUUAAUGUAGUGGCAUUUAAUACUUUGAUUAAUGCAUAUUGUAAAAUAGGCCAAUUGGAAGAAGCACUAGCUCUAUGCAAUCUAAUGCCGGAAAAAAUGGUUUCUCCCAAUGUUUCAACGUACAAUUGUCUAAUUGGUGCUUAUUAUCAUGUUGGAGAUAUUGAAGCUGCAAACAAAAUUCUAGGUGAAAUGGAGGAGAAGGGUUUAAAGGCUGAUGUUGUGACCUACAACAUAAGGAUAAAUGCAAUGUGCAGGAGAGGCGAAACUAGGAAGGCUGUUAGAUGUCUCGAUGAAAUGUGUCGAAAGGGAUUAAAUCCGAGUCACAUUACCUACAAUGCUCUGGUGGCUGGUUAUUGCCAACAAGGAAACCCCAGGGCAGCUUUGACUGUGAAGAAAAGAAUGGAGAAAGAAGGAAAGAGACCAAAUGUUGUGACAUACAACGUAUUGAUUAAAGGUUUUUGUGGGUGCGGCAAGCUUGAAGAAGCAAACAAAUUUCUGAAUGAGAUGUUGGAGAAAGGUCUUAUACCUAAUCGGAUAACCUAUGACAUUAUUAAGGAGGAAAUGAUGGAAAAGGGAUUUGCCCCGGACAUAGAUGGUCAUCUUUAUAAUGACUUGGCUAAAUUUUAAUGAAGGCUGGCUGCAAUCCUUCCUUUCUUUUUCAUUCACCUGCAGGGUUUUGGCAGAAGGAUAAGUUGUAUCACUACUAUUCCUCUUUGCCUCAUGUAUGUGGUUGGAAUCAUGGAAGGCUUUCUUUUCAAACUUCAAAAGUGUCACCAGAUCACCGGCCAAAUCAUUGAAUUGGGUUGUUGAGGAGAUAUCAUGUUCAGAAAUUUGGUGUGCUUAGCGUGCGCUGUUCCAUAAGAGAAGAAAAGGUUCGCGUUUCUUGUGAAGACGGGAGAUGGUGAAGACUUUUUGUUUCCAUGGUGGCAGAAUUUGACUUAUGGUCUUGGUCAAUGAAAUUGACUACAUGCUGCCCGUUUAUGCAAUCACAUGCUACCUGUUUAUCCAAUCACUAGAGAGAGACUUUUUGAGGAUGCUUCAGGUGGUAAUAUUAUUGAACAUAAGGACCUUUAUACUUCUAAGGUGGUCAAGGAUUCCUAUAUGUGAGAACCAACUUGGAGUAGUGUUUCUGAUGAGCCCAACAAUUAUGAUAUGCAAGCUCAUCAGAGCUUUGGUGUGCAUGAAGAAUAGCCAGGUCAUAUUAAAUUGUUUGUAUGUUUGUCUAAACCACAUAAUGGAAUGGAAAUGUGAAUCUGUAUUCUGCUUUGAGCAUCAUAAGAUGCCUUCUUGUUUAUGUAACUUUCCAUUUAUAUUAGAAGUCAUGUUUCUUCAUAUGAUAAAUGAGAUUGCAACCCCUAAAUACGUUACAAUAUCCUGAUCACAUUACUUUUUUGCUGUCAGAAUUAAAGAUAAUAAGUUGCUCUAAAAUUAGUAAAAUCAUUAGUAGGUGUUUAAGAGAAAACAGUUAUAUAUACAUAAUUUUAGUUAAUGAUAGAGUUUGUCUGCAUAUGCUCAUGAAGAAAGAGUGAAUAAGUUUACUAGUUUAAGUAUGCUUACUGGUGUUUGUGUGUGGUCGAUUUGGCUGAUCGAACAUAAUGGAGCUGUUAGACAAGUCAAAAAUGACUUCAAUGCAGCAGUAGCUGAUUAUAUAUUAAGUUACGUGCUUAACAAGUGAAUCUUGAUCUGAUCUCUUAUUUAACAUGUGAACUUGGACCAGGGGAUAGGAGAUGCAGAUUACUCUGAGUACAAGUUUUAGCCUGGUAACUUCUAGAUUUUGCAACCGAAAAAAUGUAAUUAGAUAUUUUAGAAGUUUAAUUUUUGAAUACUCAUAGGAACUAUGUUGGUUUGUGACUAUACCUUCGUAUUCUCAAGGAUAACUAUUAUGUUUAUUAAGUGUCUCAAUGGUUCUUAUUGGAUGCAACAUUAUUGCCUAAGGAAGCUUUUUCAGCAGGUAUAAACGAGUUUGAGAUUGACAUGCCUUUUACCUAGUUUCUGCUUUUUGUGAGAAUAGCAGAGUCCCUGGAUUGAUGCAGAAACUUGUCAGAAGCCGACAAUUCAACAAAUGAGGUAAAGUGGGUGCGUGGUUAUGGCAUAGAACCGUACUAAUUAUACUUUUAUACUGGCUAAUAUAUUAGUGAAAAUUUGAAAUGUUUGUCAUAGUUCCAGGGUUGUUUUUUGAGGUCCACAGAGGCCAAUUCAGCAACUUUAGAUUUCUUUUUGCUAUAAGAAAGCUGAAUUACUUGGCUCAUAGAUUUCUUUUUGCCAUAAGAAAGCAACUUUAUUGUUAUUCAUGUAAAUAAAUUACUUUUGUCUUAAUUAAAUGAUCUUUUUCUUUC